CAAAACUUGGCACGCGGGUCGUAGUUGUUUGUUUUGAUUUUGGAAAAAUGUUGUUUGGUGUGGUUUUCCUUAGUUUCUUCGGUGUUUUCUUUCUGUAAUUUCUUCAACUUAUACCUAUUUUCAUGUUCUGAGGGUAGUUAACGUGAAAAAUAUAGUGUAGGUAAAUUAAAAUCAAGAAAUUGCUGCGAACAGCCCUAAACAUAAUGAAACACAACAAAGUUACAACUUAGUUUUAAGUUGAUAGAAAUCUGCCGUCAAGAUGAUUAUUGCCUUACAAACAUUAAUUUUCUUCCGUCACACUUUGGUAACGGUGUUCCACCGGUUCCUGAGACCAUACUAUAGAAUAUUUCAAUUAACUUUUCCGAAGCAAGAGUCUGAAGAAGAAGAAGAUGGUGCUGAUGAGCAGGUCUUCGCCGACUAUCACAGCAAGAAGGGAGUUGUGUUCUUCCCCCCCGUGUAUGUGCAGCGGUAUGCCGCCGUCACUGACUGUCUUAUGGAGAAUGAGUGGAGUGGAAAACUACACAAGGUUGUAGAGCUUGGCUAUCAUGAUUUGAGUUUCAUGAAAUAUUUGAAAGAAGUGCCGGGCAUACAAACUAUACUAGGAGUGGACCUAGAUGGCAUGGCUCUACGAUGUUCUUCUGACCUGCUCAGUGAUGAUUAUCCUGAUGAUGGGAAGGAUCCUUUAACAAUUACUUUAUUCCAAGGCAACGCAGCAGAUCCAGACUACAGGCUGAUCGGCUGCGACGCCGUCAUCUCCAUAGAGAUGAUAGAGCACAUGCUACCCCAUGACCUGGAGCGUCUCGUCCACACCGUGUUUGGCUUCAUCAAGCCGUGGGUGGCCAUAUUCACCACACCCAAUGGGGACUUCAAUGAGUUGUUCCUGUCCAUGGAGAAGAAUGGCUUGAGGAGACUGGAUCAUUUCUUUGAGUGGUCUAGAGAACAGUUUAAUGAGUGGUGCGCCAACAUAGUCCUCCGCUACCCUUCAUACUCUGUCAGUUGCCGGGGAGUGGGCCCGGGCCCGCCGGGGACCCGCCAGCUCGGCUGCUGCAGCCAGCUGGCGGUGUUUGUGAACAACCACUACCAGAGGCAACGGGACUUGGAUGUCAACUGCCUGCAGAUGGAUGCUAAAUCACCUGAGCAGGAGAGUUUGACGCAAAUCCUCAACUGCGGCGAUAGCUCAGGAAGCAGCGGAGACGCGAAGACCUGUGUAAUGGCACCAACCAUGGAAUCCUUCAGUGAUAUCAUAUACCGGCCAUCAAGCAUGACCGUCCUAGACUCAAGUUCCUCUCUAUCCCAAGACAGUCUCAAGGGUUUUGACAAGACGUCACAGUGUAAUUUGGACCAGGAGGUGGCGAGGAACUACCUCAUGUUUGAUGAUGAUGAGACCAAGUUUACUAUACUGGUGCCGCGGAGAAGGAAAGAGUUUAAAGUGUAUGAGAUGGGGGAUAUUGUCUCGAGAUUAAAUUGCUCGACUUAUACAGUAACUAAGUUCUCCAAAACGACACGUCAUUUGAUGGAAAAGCACAAAAAGAUACGAUCUCCAUCAGCCACGUCAGAAAUUGUGAAUGAAAUCAAGUGUAUCUCGGAAAUGAUGGAACUUCAGACUCAGAAUGCGCCGGGAGCGCCGAUUUGGAGCAACUACUACUGGGGUUAUAAUGCUCCGUACUGGAACCAGUAUUACAAAGUUGUCCAAGAAUAUAAAUAUCCCUUGAAGGCACAUCAGUCCAAAGAAGAAACAAUAUUAGACCUGCUGAGUUUCGAAAUCACGCGUCUAGUAGAUAGCCAGCAGGAUGAUGACAUGUCUGGAGAGAACAGGCUCAGGAUACCGCUGAAGCGUCUGGUGGUGAUCGUGAAACACAUCACGGACGAUGUUGACAGAAUCAGGGAUAUUCUGGAGUGGAACGGAUACCAAAUAGAGGAUGACUGCGUGGUCCACGAAAGAGUGCUCGAUGAUGGUGAUGAAGAUGAUGAUGACGAUGACGAUUGGACCAUCACCAUCAAGGACCACGAGGCGUCUGACUUCAAUAUGACUGAUGUAUACUCUUGUGGUUUCUCUGACGCAAGUUCAUCCUUUGAUAUGUAUGGUGCAAGCCUCCAACGCAGUAUCUACAGGAAACUCCGUAAACUGCGCACCAUGAUUCCAUCUACCAAGGAGGUGAAUUUAGAAUUGGACGCUGUCGUUUGCCGGCUGAUGAAGCUAGCCAUUCGAUCGUCCGGUCAGCACUGCGCACCGCCGCCGCAGUGGAUGCAACGCAAGCUAUAUGACCUGCUCACGCUGACGGAAAAGGCUAUUGAGCGAAGGAGGGCACGUUUCAUCAGGAACUUUGCAGGAAUUGAUCACGACGAAGAGAAAUCUCGGAGUUUACUGAUUAUAAAUAAGUAUAAGGAGCAAGAUACUAAAGUGAAGCAAAUAGAGGAUCAUUAUGGAUAUCUAGUAACAGAACACAGCCCGGUUAGUACAAUAAAUUAUGACGAAGAUAAAAGAUCGUCCACGCUCACGCUCAAAGAAACAGAAAGUGAAGUUAGUGAUGCCAGUAAGAAACACAUACCAGAUUGCGAAGGUACUGAUUUAUUAGAUUUUGUUGAAAGUGGAAUCUACGAUUCUGAUAGUAAAGAAGACAAAACGGAGACAUGGAUUAAUAUAAAAUCAUAUGCUUUGUCUCCUAUCUGUAAUGAAAUUUUCUAUAGUCCCAAAAUGAUAACCAGUAGAAGAUUUAAAACUGGCCUGGUCAGAAAACGACUCAAAAGCAAAACAGCUAUUCAUAAAAUUAGACGUAAAAACAGAAUAAAGCAUAUUAUUGGCAAUAAACUCAAGUUUGUGAAGAGAUUAACUCGGUCCUUGCCAAGUGGUCGCGAGGCGAACUCAAAAAUUCCAUACUCAGCAAGUGCAAAUGUUAUUAAUGAUAAUCGUCAAAUGUGGCGGAAUUUCCGUUCUAAUUAUUCAAAACCGAUUCCACUAAGUCUAAUAAACCUAUGCCACCCAGAGUUAUUUACUCAGAAGUACAUUAAAAACUUCUGGUCUGGUCGCAAAGACCAACGCCACGUUGCUAGCAUUGUACUCGCAAAUGCGACUAUUGAAACCGACUGCGCGACUAAAGAGAGUCAGCUGGUGAGUAUCUCCAUGGAUGGAGGGGAAGAAAUGAAGGCACUGCACAAAACCACAGUAGAUGUCGAUGGCGAAGUCUCCUUGCUCGCUGAAGAAAGUGUGAUAAAGAACAAUAUAGGUGGCACACACAAUUCCAUUGAUUGCAUGUCGACGCAAACUAUAUAUCUAUGCGACGUAAACGAACCUAGUACCUCCAAAGGUAUUCGCCGGUCAAUUAUAGAUACGCAGUGUGGUCCAGAUACAGUUAUGACUAGUUAUUCAAGAGAAAUGCUAAUGCAACGACUCAAUAAAAGAACAGAUUUUGGAACUUCAAUGUAUGAUUGCAAAGAUAAUACUUCCUGGAAUAAACUUCAUACUGGAAUCCACAUUAAAGACUCUGUCACAGAUACCCAAAGAAACAGUGAAGAAUUAAACAUUGAAAUUCCUGUUGCUGAAAAGAAACCCCUGUUAAAUUAUGACGUAAAUUACGUAACGGAUACAAAAACUCAAAGCUCAAAAAGUUAUGUUAGUACAAGUACCUUAAAUGACAUAUGUAAUAAUAAUGAUAUUAUUAAUUUAAAGGAAUCCAAACCAUCUAAAAACGAUGUAAGAAACCAUAACACUCAACAAAGAAAUUCAAAACAUUUAAUUUCUAUUGGUGCUCAAAUACAUAGUUUCACUGGCAGAAAUAAUUCUCAUGAUAUUCUUUACCAAGGAACGUGGCAACAGCGUUACAUAUAUUGUAACAAAACGAAUCAACAAAAAUGCACUGUAAAGUAUACUAAAAAGAAGGAAAGUAAAGAAAAUAUACCACCCAAAACGAAGGAUAAAAAAACCACCGUAGUACAAAGAAGUCGUAAAAAUAUAAUUAAGACUGGAAAAGAGAACUGCAGUGAAGUUGAAAAUAUUGGAAAUGUGAAAUCGUCAAGGCCUCUUAAGAAACCGGUACUAGCUCUACCCAAAAGUAUUAAGACGAAUAGUGGUAGCGUGAAAGUUAAAACCUUCAAAAAUGCUUCUGCUGAUAUAUUAAAAUCUUUGAAAGAAACGAAACGGUCUCUUUCAAGAAUAUCAAAACACGAAACGAGACCUCCAGUAGAAAACUUGACUAAUGAUACAGAAGUUCUAACAGGUUCUAAGGGUGUAUCAAUAGUUCAACCCAAAAUAACAAAGGCUAAACCAUUAUUAACCAUAAAAAGCAAUAAAAUUCCUGUAGAUAUACCCCAAUUACCCUCAAUUUUCCAUCAAAAGCCAAUCUUGGCACCAGUACCAAGUUUUUAUGUGAAAAAGAAUAUAAGUGACGAUAAAAUACAAAACCUUACACCAAUAAAAUGUAAAAAUAAUGAACCCGACAUUGAAUAUACAUCAAACAGUUUAGCUAAAACAUAUGGAUCACAUCCAAUAGAUAUUGCUGAUUUGUCAAAUACGGCACAGAAAAAUACUUCAAAUCUUGUUGUUAAUCCUAAAACCGAAACUGUGCUGGAUCGUACCAAUAGCUCUGAGCUAUCAAUAAAUACUUUCAAGAAUGAUAACACAGAUCAUACUGCUGCCGCUUUGAAAAAGAGUAUUAGUGAAAUACAAAAAGAUUUACUUAAUUUUAAAUAUGAAGGCCAUCAAGAACUAUUAGUAUACUGCAAUGAAGUUCAAAGUUUUAGUAGCGAUUAUCCUUCAGACUGUUCCAAAAUUGAAUAUAUGGAAGAGAAAGAAAAAAACGUAGAGAAUGAUUUGAACGUGCGACCUCGUUCUGCUGCUUCGUCCUGUUCAACACCAAACAGUGUUAUCACGGUCCGUUCUAUAAAAAUUCAUAAGCCAAUAAGUGCAGUGAAUCUUGUCGAUUAUGACAAGUCCGUGAAAGAUGAGCAUGGUGAAAUUUUGAACGCAACAUCCGAAAACAAACAGAAGUCAAAAGAAUUCGAAAGCAAAAUAGUUGAAAAUGAAAACUCCGAAAAUAUACAAAAUAAUAUGAAUCCUUACCACAAAUGCACAGAGGAGCAGGUAUUAGUUGCCCAGGUGACAUCUGAAUCACCUGUGAUUCCGAUUCAACCUAAAGACAAUUUUAUUGUAAAUAUUCCUUCACUUUCUAUCUCGAGAGAAAAUGACAAGACUAUUAUUAGCAACGAAAAUGAGUCACUCUCAACAAAUAAUUCGCUAGUUGCAUGUUAUAAGAAAACCAUAGAAAAUAACAGCUCUAAAGAUAACGAUAGCAAGUCAGACACUUGUAAAGACAUAAUAAAGGGAUCUAACAAUAGUAAGCCUGAUUGCUUUGUCGAACUAGUUACAGAAGUACGAAAAUGGAUUGAUGAAAGUCUGAAUUUUAUCGGUGGCAAAAAUACCUUCCUUAAAGAGGGUAGUCCUGAAGAAUCAGUGUUAGACGAUACAUUUGGUUUGAAUACUGCAUUUAGUGAGAUAUCUACGAAUGAACCAGAUGGAACAUCUACGCUGACUGAAACAGAUUGUCUGUCGUACCGAUCUAUUCAUUCUAUAUCUUCAUACUCCGACGCAUAUUUUGGUGAUAAUGAGCUCAACAGUGUAGGGACACUCAAAGUUGAAGAUAGCUCGGUAACUGGUAUAUUCGAGAGGCAAAAACGGGUGACCUUACAAACAAGCUCUGGACCUAUACCGAUGCAGGGAUUGAGUGGUUUCUCAGUAAAUCGAUCGCCAGUGGCUGGUAAAGGUGUCGAUGGAUGUAAUUACCUGGAUUCGCAAACUGGAAUUUUUACUGUGCCGCCUAUGAGACAAGCUGCAUCAGAAGAAGUGUUUGUGUCUGGCAGAUCAUCGGACAGCUACGCAUCUUGCACGCUCGAUGAAGACGUAGUGAUACCUGACUGGCUGUUCGCCAUCAUUGCAAAUAACGAUGGGAACGAACCACUACCCUUCGAGAUCCCAAUAGACCUACUCGAAGACGGGAUCCUGGACGUGAACGGGAACAUUCUGGAGCCAGGAGUGGGGAUCGCGGCGGGCGCCGGCGACGGCCGCGGCAUCCACAGCGACCAGCACGACAGCUCGGGACAGGGGACCAGUCUUGAUUCCACUAGCACUGAUUCCUCUGGACCGCAUAGUGAGAUCGGGGAGAGCUCCUCGUCUUCAUCAUCCAUGUCCAGCACCGUCAUCAUCCAAGGGCCGGGGGCUGGUGAUGGGACUGACGUGCUCAGUGAUGACAGUAGCGAUGGUGAUGAUGAUGAUGACAGCGGCUCUAGUAGUAGCCGCACUAGUGCGGAAAAUAGGCAUCAGACGAUUCUAAUUGAUGCCGCGCGGUUCUCUGCGCGUUACGGUGUCCUUCCUGACAAUGGCUCAUCGGGAUCCUACAGAACUAUAGACGACGAAGACGCUUUCGCGAUUCGUGGCCACCACCUCUCUCCGCGCCCCCGUUCAGAGGGCAGCGACAGUGACGCAGACGUCAGCUCUCUGGCCACCGACACCAGCCACGAGGCACGGGCCCACUCUGACCCGGAGCAGCAGACCCGCCGGAGGAACCCAUCUGACCCGCCGGCAGCCCCGGCUGACCCAACUGACACGCUCGGCGCUGAUAAUGACCCGUCUGACCGCCGCUCUGACGUCCGGAACCAAAUGCAAGACGAAACUUCGUAGAUGCGUCGUGAUAUUGUGAGUCAAAAUUUCUUGUGAUAUUUUUAGUCUGAAGUGACUGGUGAAUUGGUACAUAAAAAAUAGUUUGUUUAAAAAACUAGCAUUUUUAUGCC